UUAUUUCUGUUGCACUGUUGAUGAAUUAGAUUUUAGGUUAUCUAGCAUAACUUUAAGCAUGGAAUUUGUUUGAAAAAUUAAGUAAAAAACUUUCAACAAAUAUGGCUGGGAUAUCCUCUAAGAUUUUAGGGAUUCACAAUAUACUUAAGUCACAACAACAAUCGUUUCCUCAUGUAACUGGAUUAACUAGUAUUUUCAAUGGAACUCUUACAGUUCAAGUGAGACACAGGCGACCUGGACAUCCCAUCAACUUAACAAGGCCUCGAUUUCCGUUGUGGUUCCUUAGAAAGGAGCUUGUUAAUGUUGAUCAGUCUCUGACAGAGCCUAACAAGCAGUUUAUCGAGGAAGUGGUUCAUGAGAAGUUCGGGCCCCCAGCAAUCAUCAGUGGGCUCUCCACUUAUCAGCUGAAAUCGCCGCUGAAAAUUGAAGCUGAACCACGUGGAGAAUGGCACAAGAAAACCAGGAGAACUGGUCUUAUCGGUCGAAAAAUUGGCCAACAGCCCAUGUGGGAUAAGAACGGAAAUAGGUUCACAACAACUUUGAUACAAAUCGUUGAUAAUCAUGUGGUGAAAUACAUCCCACCAGAGGAAGUCAAAGACAAAAGAGAAAUACGAUAUAGAGAAAGUAGCAGAUAUGGACUUCUAAUGGUGGGUGCAGAGAGUGCCGACCCUCAAAAUUACACCAGAGAGUAUUGUGGACUGUUCGCCAAGGCUGGCCUGAUGCCCAAGAAGCAGCUGUGUAGAUUCUUCAUCUCUCCGGAGGCUGCCAUUCAGGCUGGCACUCCACUCUACGCCAACCACUUUAGUGUCGGCGACGUUGUGGAUAUCAGAGGGAAAACCAUCGACCGUGGGUUCCAAGGGGUGAUGAAGAGAUGGGGGUUCCACGGGAUGCCAGCAACUCACGGCCAGACCAAGACCCAUCGCAAGGGAGGCAACACUGGCGGGGGUGGAGAGAAGGCUAGGAUAUGGCCUGGGACUAAGUUGCCUGGACACAUGGGAAACAGAUGGAGAGUUCUCCGAGGGAUGCAGGUUAUGAGGAUAAACACCAAAUACAACAUAUUGUAUGUCCGUGGUGUUGGAGUGCCAGGCCCAGUCAACGGUUAUGUUUACAUUUUCGACACAGUACUACCACUGAGAAAGCGGAAAGAAAAGCCAGCUGCUUUCCCGACAUUCUAUCCAGAAGAUCUAGAAGAACCUUUGCCGGAGGAUUUGUUCCACGAGUCACUUCAUAUGUUUUCUGAUCCUUCUAUCAAACACCAGCCAGAGAAAAAGUAGUGAGGUAGUGUUUAAUAAUAUAUUAUAUAGAUUUGUUCAAUAAACCACAUUUUCUAAGAA